CGUGUAUGAGACUUUGAACUUCUAGUGCCCUAAAUUGUCCGAGCACAAUGUUGAACAAAGAGGAAAUCGACCUUGUAUCGCUCUUCAGAGGCUAUGCUUCUCUACACCCAGAAACCAUCGCUAUUGAAGAUUGUACGAAUUUCCUCACAGACCCACCUAGAAUGACAUAUGGAGAGUUGGACGAAUGCUCGAGCAUCUUUGCUCAAGAGUUGAAGCAGAAUGGGGUUCGACCUGGACAUGCCAUUCCUUUAUUGUCCCAACGCAGUCCUGAGGCAAUUGUCGCCAUUUUAGCCAUCCUGAAAUGUGAAGCCUGCUAUGUACCUAUGGACGCAGAAUCCUGGGCACAUGAUCGAACCCAGUUGACACUACAACAAAUACAACCACAUAUUAUCAUCUCGACAAAUUCAGCGCAAUCCAACUUUCAACUCACGCCCUGGAAGGUACUGGAAAUGUCAUCGUGGAAGGCAAUGUUAGACUCCAGCUUCAUAAUUAAGCACCAGAGCAAUAUCUGGCAGGCUAUUGCCCCACCAGUAUUAAGUCUAGAUCGGUUGGCGUACAUAAUUUUUUACCUCCGGCACAACAGGCAUGCCGAAGGGGGUGAUGGUGUCAAUGCGAUCGAUCACGGCGUAUUGCAGGGAAUGUGA